AUGAGAUUGGUUGAAUGCUUGAACAGGGGCGUUGAAGAAUCUGCAAACAGUUUGGAGAGAAAAAGAUUUCAAGUCCAUUAUUAAUGACUUUAUUCUGCAGCAGGGCAAAGCAUGCAUGCAGGACAGAUACCUGUAGAUAUGUAACCCCAAGGAGCAAAACUAACCAAGGUGGUAAAAGUCUCAGCUUUUGCUCAUCGUCCAGGAAUAAAUAAUAAGAUUUGAGAUCAGAAGUAACACUAAACGGAUAGAAAAUUACUCAUUUCGAGUUGCCAAACCAGGUGUAGGUGCCAUGCGUGGCUGUGUGUCGAGCUUUCGAGCUCUGUCUCCAGCCCUGCUCCCCCGGCUCCUCUCCCACUCACGAUGCUGUAGAACCCGUGCGGUCUACAAUGGCCUGUGGAGCUCGGUCCAGUUUUUCAGCACGGCUCCGGACGCCCAGGUCGCACCUCUGCCCGGCCAGGCCCGUGUCGUUAUCUGUGGCGGCGGAAUCGUGGGAACGUCGGUCGCCUAUCAUCUGGCCAAGUUAGGCUGGACGGAGAUCGUGCUUUUGGAGCAGGGGAGACUCGGAGCUGGCACGACUCGGCUGUGUGCAGGGAUAGUAAGUGUCGCCAAACCCAUUUUUAUUGAAAGCCAGAUGGCAGACUAUUCGAACGCCCUGUACGAGCGCUUGGAGCAGGAGACCGGCGUUAAAACGGCUUUUUCCCGGACGGGAUCGCUCUGUUUGGCUCAGAAUCAGGACCGUUUCCUGUCGCUGAAGCGUCUGGCGUCCAGGCUUAAUGUCUUGGGUAUAACCUGUAACAUCAUCAAACCCAAAGACGUUUCCAAGCUUCACCCAAUGGUGAACAUUCACGACCUGGUGGGAGCUCUACACUUGCCUGGAGACGCCGUCGUGUCUUCUCCAGACGUCAAUCAUGCCCUGGCCGUGGCAGCAGCAAGGCACGGAGUCCAGAUCCACGAACGAACCAGUGUGAACCAAGUUCUUGUUGAAAAGGGUCACGUCAAAGCGGUGGAGACGGACCGAGGCUCCAUUGAGUGCGAGUACUUUGUCAACUGUGCAGGACAGUGGGCGUAUGAACUGGGCCAGAGCAGUGAAGUAAAGGUGUCUGUGCCUCUGCAUGGCUGUGAGCACUUCUAUCUCCUCACCAAACCUCUACAGGAACCUCUGCAACCCACAACACCUGUGGUGAUGGAUAUGGAUGGGAGGAUCUAUGUACGGAGCUGUCAGGGUGGCAUUCUGGCAGGAGGCUUCGAGAAGAACCCCAAACCCAUCUUCACUGAGGGUCGUAAUCAGCUGGAGAUCCAAAACAUGCAGGAGGACUGGGAUCACUUUGAACCCAUGUUGAGCGCCCUGCUGAGGAGAAUGCCGAGCCUGGAUUCAUGCGAGAUCCAUCAGCUGGUUAACUGCCCCGAGUCCUUCACCCCAGACAUGCGCUGUCUCAUGGGCGAGACUCCGGGGGUGCACGGCUACUUUGUCCUGGCAGGCAUGAACUCCUCGGGUCUGUCUUUUGCAGGAGGAGCUGGCAAAUAUUUGGCAGAAUGGAUGACUUACGGUUAUCCGAGCGCCAAUGUGUGGUCUCUGGAUAUCAAACGCUUCGGUAAUCUGCAGAGCAGCCGUACGUUUCUACGCCAUCGUGUGAUGGAGGUCAUGCCCCUGCUCUAUGAGCUGAAAGUGCCAAGAUGGGACUUCCAGACGGGCAGACAGUUGCGCACCAGCCCCCUUUAUGAUCGUCUAGACACGCAGGGGGCUCGCUGGAUGGAGAAGCAUGGCUUUGAGCGGGCAAAAUACUUCGUUCCUCCAGGAAAGGAUUUGCUGGCCUUGGAUCAGAGUAAAACCUUCUACAAGCCCGACUGGUUUGAUAUCGUUGGUGCGGAAGUGAAGUGCUGUAAGGAGGCCGCGUGUGUCAUUGACAUGUCCUCCUUCACCAAGUUUGAGCUCACAUCAUCCGGCGACCAGGCCAUGGAGCUGCUCCAGUGGCUGUGUUCUAAUGAUCUGGAUGUUCCAGUAGGACACAUCGUGCACACAGGCAUGCUGAACGAGAAAGGGGGCUACGAGAAUGACUGCAGCGUGGUACGCCUGAGCAAGAACAGUUUCUUCAUCAUCUCACCGACAGAUCAGCAGGUCCAUUGUUGGUCUUGGAUUAAGAAGCAUAUGCCGGCUGACCCACAGCUCCAUCUAGAGGACGUUAGCUGGAAAUACACCGCGCUUAAUCUGAUUGGUCCUCGGGCAACAGACGUGUUGUCUGAGCUCUCUUACGUCUCGAUGACUCCGGAGCAUUUCCCCUCACUGUUUUGUAAGGAAAUGAGUGUGGGCUACGCUAAUGGAAUCCGAGUAAUGAGUAUGACUCAUACAGGAGAGCCAGGCUUCAUGCUCUACAUCCCUAUAGAGUACGCACUGCAUGUGUAUAACGAGGUGGUGUCGGUGGGGCAGAAGUACGGCAUCCGGAACGCAGGAUACUACGCCCUGCGCAGCCUGCGCAUCGAAAAGUUCUUCGCCUUCUGGGGGCAGGAUCUGGACUCGUUCACGACGCCUCUCGAAUGCGGUCGCGAGUUUCGUGUCAAAUUCGACAAGGACACGGAUUUCCUGGGCAGGGAGGCUCUGCUGCGGCAGCGUCAGGAAGGACUGACGCGACGCUUCAUCAUGCUGGUCCUUGAAGAUCACGACGCCGAGCUGGACCUGUGGCCGUGGUGGGGCGAAGCCAUUUACCGUAACGGAGAGCUGGUGGGCGUGACCACUAGCAGCGCCUACAGCUACACGCUGGAGCGCCACGUGUGUCUGGGUUUCGUCACCUCGCCAGGCGCUCAAGGCAGCACCAACAUCGUCACUCCCGAUUUCAUCAACCGCGGCGAGUAUGAAGUGGACAUCGCCGGACACCGGUACCCCGCCAAGGCCAAGCUUUACCCCUUCAGCUCGCUGUUCGCCCAGCAGAAACGCCGCAAAGACGACAUGGGGCUUAGCAACUUUCAGGGCAAGUAAGGGAUUAAAGAGGAAGAAAUCGACCUCAGCAUUGUCUUUUAUUUAUUUUUAAAUUUUUUCUUUUGGUUCCCCCCUCCCUUCCUGCUUCCUAAGUGCAAUACACACCUUCAUAUGUGCUGUAGAAUUCAUGUUUCAAUCCUGUCCUUUGGAACGCCAGCUUUCGAUCUCUAAAACACAUCAAUUUACAUUGCACAAUCUUCUCUCCCUGCUCAGGUGUGACUGGAGGUGAACCAGCUGGUGGUCCGAGGACCGGAUUGAGAAUCUGAUCUGUCGUAUUUUAUAAGAAUGUAAUAUAACCUCUGUUUGAGCUCUAAUUCAUGUCCCUGGUUAAACCACGUGAUGAACAAAAAAAAUGUUUUUUUAAUAAUCCGUCCUGCGAUCUGACCAGGUCUUUACUUUCUCUGGUAAAGGAGACGUUCUUCUGUUUCGGUACAGCAAAUUAUUGUUCACAUUUUUUUUUCGUUUACAUUAUAUUUCUUUUUUUAAACAGUUGUAUUCGGAGUGUGAGGGGGUUUGUAGUGGUGCACAUGAUCUCAUUUUAAAAUCAUAUCGAAUAAAGAUUUAUUUUUAUAUAUAGAUCCUGCACGCCGAUGGAACGAAGACUAGUGUAUUUACUGUAUAUCAUGCGUUCGUAGCUAAUCCCCAUGCCUGCUCCAUGCACUUCACAUUAAUAUUAAUAUUGUAUUAUUUAAUAAAUUUAGGGUUACAAAAGGGGCGGAAAAUUUCUAUGGGAACUUUUAUAUGGGGAUUUUGGAAAAUAUUCCAAGUUGGAAACAAUUUACAGAAAAUUGAUUAGAAAAUUUGCGGAAAUGUAUAUACACUGUAUCAUGUGAAAAGGAAUAUAAACAUUUGGUUUGGUCGUUAGCGCACAUGCAUUGCAGUCGAUGUGCGCAUGUGAUUGAUGAAUAUAAAGGUUGGAUUUAUCACAUUAAAUUUUUUCUUUUCUUUUUUUUUUUUUUUACCAAAAUUACACUACAUUUAACUUCCCUGUUUAUAUGGUAUAAUUUAGUAAAUUCCCGUUAAUUCCCAUGGAAAUUUUCCUGUCUUGAUCAUUUUUUAGAUUUUGCAACCCUAUACUGUAUAUAAUGCGUUAUAAUGCAUCGUAGAGCUCCUACUAGGGACUGAAGCACUGUGAUGUCUGAAGUGGUUUUUGUAUUGAAUGGUGUAAUGGUUUUGUUGCGCAGUGAGGGUCGUUCUGUUCAUGUGAAGGACUGAGGAGAAUCUCGGUCGUAUACGUGCAUCAAGGUCUGGAUUUUAUCGUGCGUUUUUUUUUUUUUUUUUUCUUUUCUUCUUUUCUUCUAUGGGUUUUGUCUUUUUAUUUCCAAAUUUAACUCCUACAUUUUUACAUUGAAGAGCCACUUCAGUAACGUCUCUCUCUCUCUCUCUCUCUCUCUCUCUCUGUGUGUGUGUAUAUGUGUAAAUUAUAUACACAUACAUGCGUGUGUGUGUGUACAGUAUGUGUUGGGGUGUGUGUGUGUAUAAAUUAUAUACACAUACAUGUGUGUGUAUAUGUGUGUGUACAGUAUGUGUUGGUGUGUGACUGAUUCUACACAAGUGAUAGGUUUGUACAUGAAUGACAACAUGGCACUGUCAAGAAUUUAAAUAUAGAUAUACAUUUUUGUUGUCUUUUUCUUACAUUUGGUUUUUAAAUGGUAGAAAAUUUCUGAUAUCACUGAAACCAUUUUUGCAUCAUUUUAUAAGUCUCCUAUCUCGAGUGUGUGUUUGUUUCCCAUUUUAACAUUUGUGAUAUUUAAUACAUGACCUCAGAUUUGGUGAUAUUGUUGAGUGCAAAAGUUUGUACCCCCUUGUGACAUGGUAAAGAAUGCUAUUUGUUGCUAUUAGUUUUCAUAGCGCACAAAAAUGAUACACUAUUUGGACAAAAGUAUUGGGACACCGACUUUUUCAGCCAUUUGUGUUUCCUUCCCACAAAGUUGUAGGAACAACUGCAUAGGACGUCUCUUAAUGUGGCAGCAUGAAAUUUUCCCUUCACUUGAACUUGAACCUGUUCCAGCAUGACGUGUGCACAAAACCUGCUCCAUGAAGAUUAGCAUUAUUUGGAACGGAAGAUCUCCUACCAUCUUACUAACACACCGAUGGCUGAAUCAAUCUCGCACAGAUCUUCACAAGCACACUCCAAAAUUUAGUGGAACAUCUUCCCAGAAAAAUGGAGCUUUUUAUAACAGUAAAUGGAAACUGAAUGUGGAAUGGGACGUUCCGGAAUGCAUAUAUGAAUCUUCUAGACAAUCUCUGUUUUUGAAUACAAAAUAAAUCAUCUUUAAUAAA